GAAGCGAAUUAAUCCUUUCUAUACAUUAAAUUAGAACAAAGAACGUAUGAUUGAAGUAAUUCGCAACAUUUCGAAUCAUGAAUAACAGAACGUAUCUCGAUGUUGAUGAUACAAUAUUAACGAAAAUUUUAACACUACCUGAAAAUGCAUCACAGAUUGACAAUAUAAACAAACAACCUAAUUCAAAACCUUUCUUCAUUAUUCAGCCUACACCUGGCAUAUGUGUGAAAACAAAGACAGACAGCGGAGAAAAAAUCUUUUUAAAUAUAUGUACAUCCGAUAAAAUACCAGCACCUGAAGAUAUAUCUGAUGUAAAACUGUUUGAGAUAUUGUCAGAGGAAAAUCCAAAUUUUGCAGUACCUAUGAGUAUUGGCAGUGAAAGGCUGGAAUCAGAUAGAGGUGGAUCACCCUGUAUAACAUAUGAUAUUGCAAUUAAUACAGCAUAUUUUGAAAAAUGUCAAGAGAAAAAGAAUUUUUUACUGUUUACAAUAUCGGUUAUAAUGGAUGGUAUAUCGGAUAAGUUUAAGAAGACCUUAAAUGCAGAGGAAUAUGUAAUCCUUAAAAAUCGGAAGGUCAUGGGAAAAUUACAACAGCAUAGAAUUGAAAAUCGCGAACCCCGAACUUACUCGCAAAUUAAAAAACCACUUAUCGAGGAAAUUAAGUCUCCUGCUAAAAGUACAUAUGGAAAAGAAACUGAUGUUAAUCAAUCGGAAAAUGUUCCUCUAGAGUCUACUGUCGAUUCCAAACUAAAUUAUCUGUUAUUAAAACAACCUUUAGAAAAAACAGCAACACAUUUGAUUGGUUUAUUUCAAAUGCCUAAAGGGGUUACUGGUAAAGAUGUGGAAGUACUUUUGGAUGAAAAUCGUAUUGUAAUUACUGUCGAUAAAACUAAUCUAACAUAUGACCUUUCAGUUCCAUAUACUAUAAAUAUAAUGCGCGUAAAAUGUCUUCUAGAUAAAGAUCUUAGGGUAUUAAGAUUAGACAUGCCUGUACAAAGUACUUUAGACAGUGUACAAAGUUACUAAGCAAUAAAUAUAAACGGAAUAAUUUUAUUAAUUGUUUUAUUAUAACAAAAA